AGCUUUAUUCAUUCAUUCUUCAAUUUUUAUAUGUAUAUAAAUCCACCACUGGUUCAUUCGUGCAUCUUUCUUUAAUCAUAAAUAAAAAAUUAAACAUUAAAAAAAAAUAAAAAAUGCAAAAUCACAGCUCAAAUAUGUUACCAAUUCAGCAAAAAAUGUGAAGCCCGGAAUGCGAAGAUGCAAUAUCAUCAUCAUCCAUAGAUCUUUAAAUCAGACUCUGCUUGACGAACUUAUCGAGGAAUCUGGGAUUUAUUCUUCUUCUUCUUCGAUAAUUAACUCUGUAUCAUCCAUCAUCAUCAUGUUGGAGGCUCCGAGUUAUCUGGUGUCAAGAGAUUUACCAUCUUCAUGUGAGGAAGAGAGCAAGUGGAUUUAUAACGCACACUGUGUGCUUCAGCUCUCUUUCAAGAAACGGUUCUUGGAUGAUGAUGAUAUCGACGAAAGAGGAGGAAGCUCUGUUAAGAAAAUGUUACGGGUUGAUGAAUCUGACAAGGUUACUGAUAUUCUUCAGCUUGCUAAGACCUACCAGAGGUCUAACCAGAGUCAACAAAGUGGUCCACCGAUAACUCGGCUUGAUCAUAACGCACUUCUCAACUGUUUGGCUCACUGCUCCUUGUCUGAUUUCGGGUCCAUUGCUUCGACCAAUAAAACCUUCCGCUCGCUUAUUAAGGAUAGUGAGUUGUAUAGGCUGAGACGGGCUAAGGGUAUUGUGGAGCAUUGGAUUUACUUUUCUUGUAGGCUUUUGGAAUGGGAAGCUUAUGAUCCAAAUGGAGACCGCUGGUUACGUGUACCGAAGAUGACAUUUAACGAGUGUUUCAUGUGUUCGGAUAAAGAGUCUCUUGCGGUUGGCACUGAGCUUCUUGUUUUCGGUAAAGAGAUCAUGUCUCAUGUGAUUUACAGGUAUAGUAUCUUGACCAAUGCAUGGACGUCAGGUAUGCAAAUGAAUGUCCCUAGGUGCUUGUUUGGAUCAGCGAGUCUAGGAGAGAUCGCGGUUGUAGCUGGAGGAUGUGAUCCUCGUGGUCAGAUAUUGAGUUCAGCUGAGCUUUAUAACUCGGAGACCGGGGAAUGGACUGUACUUCCAAGCAUGAAUAAGGCGAGGAAAAUGUGCUCGAGCGUGUUCAUGGACGGGAAUUUCUAUUGUCUCGGAGGUAUAGGAGAGGGGAACUCGAAGAUGCUGAUGUGCGGUGAAGUCUAUGAUCUCAAGAAGAGGACAUGGACACUGAUACCUGACAUGUUACCUGACAGAAGCAAUGGAGGUGGAGGAGAUCAAGCGAACGAGACUGCUGCUGCAACGGCUGCUUCAGCGGCGCCACCGCUUCUAGCAGUUGUAAAAGACCAGCUCUAUGCUGCGAAUUACGCGCUGCAAGAGGUGAGGAGGUAUGACAAAAAGCUUAAUGUAUGGAAUAAAGUGGGGAGUUUGCCAGAGAGGGCUUCUUCGAUGAACGGUUGGGGAAUGGCGUUUAGAGCAUGUGGGGAUCAGUUAGUGGUGGUUGGAGGGCCUAGGGCAAUAGGAGGAGGGUUCAUAGAGAUCAAUGCUUGUGUCCCAGGCGAAGGAGCGGAACUGCAUUGGAGAGUUCUUGCUUCUAAGCCAUCGGAAAACUUUGUGUAUAACUGUGCGGUGAUGGGAUGUUGAUGAAAGAAGAAGACUUGAGAGAGGCAUUUCAAAGCUAUUAUUGACUUCUUUUAUUAGAGAUUUUUCUUUUUUUUCUUUCUUGUUUUGGUUUCAAACAGUUUGGGGAUUUUUCUUCUUCUUUUCAUGAUUGGGGGUCAAAGAGAGUCUCUCUGUUUCCUUCUUUGUCAUUGUGGGAUUAUUGUUGUUGUUCAGGCAUAAAACUGGAACUGAAAAAGUUUCCAAUAAAUUUGAACAAGCACCAUGUUUGGCUUGUCUCUCAACAUCUUAUAUUGUAAUUUGGUUCCAUUGUAACUUCUUCUUUAAUAAAUUUUGGAAGAUUUAUAGAGUACAGAAA